GAAUGUAAUAUUUUGUAUACCUUAUCUCUUUUCUUUUUUUUUCUUACUUCAACCGCACAAGUGAAGCAAAAACGCCGUCGUGUUAACCUCUCCAAUGGCAUAACCACGGUGCAGAAAAACUCAAUUGAGCGGUUUGAACCGAAAGAAUAGUAUCGAGCACGAAGUAUACAAGAACCAUGGAUCUUCUAUGCGCCGCAUAUUCAAAUGACGACGAAGAAGAAGAACCUAAACGAAUGAAAUUAUCUGACCAUACUCCCACAACCUCAUCAAAAUCUUCAACUCUUUCGAGCCUCCAUACACAAACUCUCGUUCCAGGUAGCUAUGUUUCCAAAAGACAACGCGCUUCCAUGGCUUCCAUCUCUGCUGCAUCUCUUACCCUUUCAUCGUCUCCGUCUUUCACAUUAUAUGGGAGUAUCUUGGAGGCUGAUAUACCCCAUAACAUUUUAGCAUUGUUGAGAAGUGAAGCAAAGGGUCAUAAAAGCCUAAACUCGGUAUCUGAAAAGCUAUCUGUAUCUCUAUCUGGACAUACAAGAGCUGUCAAUGCUAUACAUUGGUCAUCAACUCACGCUCACCUCCUUGCAUCUGCUGGGAUGGACAAUAUGGUAUGCAUAUGGAACGUAUGGAGCAGAGAUAAGAAGAAAGCAUGUGUGCUAAACUUCCACAAUGCCGCUGUGAAAGAUGUGAAAUGGUCUCAACAAGGGAACUUCUUGCUUUCUUGUGGAUAUGAUUGCACAUCAAGGUUGAUUGAUGUUGAAAAAGGGAUGGAAACUCAGGUUUUCAGAGAAGAUCAAAUGGUUGGAGUUAUAAAGUUCCACCCAGACAAUUCAAAUCUCUUCCUUUCUGGGGGAUCUAAGGGGCAUAUCAAACUAUGGGAUAUCAGAACUGGCAAAGUUGUGCAUAACUAUAAUCGAAAUUUAGGUUCCAUUUUAGAUGUUGAGUUUACAACGAACCGGAAGCAAUUCAUUUCUUCUAGUGAUGUAUCUGGGAGCAAUAUCAGUGAGAAUUCUAUUAUCGUUUGGGAUGUCUCAAGACAGGUGCCGUUGUCUAAUCAGGUUUAUGUGGAGGCUUAUACUUGUCCCUGCGUUAGGUCCCAUCCCUUUGAUCCAGUUUUUGUUGCUCAAUCAAACGGUAACUAUGUCGCAAUGUUUAGUUCAACUCCCCCAUACAGACUCAACAAAUAUAAGAGAUAUGAGAGUCAUGGGGUUUCUGGAUUUCAUAUUAAGUGCAAUUUCAGCUUGGAUGGGAAAAAGCUUGCAUCAGGCUCUUCCGAUGGAUCAAUAUACAUAUAUGAUUAUCAGUCAUCCAAAGUAAUUAAGAAAAUAAAAGCCUUUGGCCAAGCAUGCAUGGACAUUUCCUUCCACCCAGUUAUGCCUAAUGUUUUUGCUUCAUGCUCAUGGGAUGGAAGUGUUUCUGUUUUCGAGUAAAUGGUUUUCUGUUGUAAUUGUUUGUUAAACAGUUGCCUAUCAGUGAUAUAUCUAAGAAACUAUAAUGAUGUGACCCUUUCUUGUUUCUGAAUAGUGAUCAAAGUUACUAACGAUGGAUGAAAAUUAAAGUGUUUCAUUAUGUUUCUCAUAAUGCCUUAUAUUUUUUCCUCAA